AUGUCGAUGAACUGUAUCUUUGGGUUCUCACUAUUUCUUCUGUUACUAGUUGUUCUCAACAUAUACUUCUUUUACAACCUCAGUGUAGAGCACAGACCUGCUACUUUUAAGCUGCCUAUGGUGAAGUCAGAACCCAUACCGCCUGUAAUCAAAGAAAUAAACGAAUACCUCAAUCGUUUGCCUAGUCAAUACCACACCAAAAAUUCUAAAUUUGUUUCUGUACAAAGAAAUUUAAUUAGCUCAUUUAAUUCCUCGGGAGCUAGUUUAGACAGUGUUUGGCAAAAUGUUGAAAAUUGGGCUGAUGAAGAGUCCUUGUUCCCCUAUAAGAAUGGUGCAGCAGGACAAAUAUUGCAAGCCAUGCGCACCUCACAGAUAGCGUUUGUUGACAAUGCUCCCAAGGGUACGCAAUUGAAGUUAUUACUUGUGUUGAAGGGAAAUCAAAAACUAUACUUUAAACCUAAAAGGUAUAAUUUAAGUGAUGUCAUAAGAGGCAACAUAUAUGCUGGCUAUGACCGCCAUAAUUCCGAAGUGUUCACAUACUACCUUGCUAUGGUAUUGAACUACAAAUGGGUCGCCCCUUCUGUUAUAAGGAGGAUUAAUAUAAACUAUGACAUUUUAGCUCAUGCUGUGCCUGGAUUGAAGAGAACUAUGGUAAAAAAUAGUCAAGGUUCAGAUUGUAUUUACGGAAAGUGCUAUUAUUGCAAAAUAAAUGAAACUGUCUGUCCUGACAGCACUGGUCACAUCGAAGGAGCAGGCAUUCUUUACUUAGAUAAAUAUUUCAAAGUCAAUAAGUCACCUUGGAGACAUUCAUAUAAUAGUAAGAAAAUGGAAUGGGAAAAUGAUAAAGACUUCUGUAAAAAAGUCUCAUCACUUCUCAGUACUAAGAGAAUAUUAAAUUUAAUUGAUAUUGCUAUUAUUGAUUUCUUAAUACAAAAUGGAGAUCGACACAGAUAUGAAGUAUACAAACAUAAAAUACUCCUACUUGACAAUGGAAAGGGGCUAGGUAAUCCGAUGUUGGAUGAACUCGAUAUAUUAGCGCCACUCUAUCAGUGUUGCAUAAUUUCUUCAAAGACAUGGCAAAUGUUAGAACUGGUGUCCGGCGGCAGUCUUACUGAGACAAUACAAUUGUUGGCUUCAUUCCAAGGGGAAAAGCUUACCACUGAUGACCAUUACCGAGCUAUAGAACGGCGACUUUUAAAGGUCUAUGCUACAGUAAUGUAUUGUAUAGGGAAACAUGGCAGUGCUAAUGUAUUUCACAAUAUAGAUGGAAUUUAA